AUGGCGAGGCGGCGUACGAUUUUCAAGAACAAAUGGAUCACACCACCAAAAGAAGUCCACGAAGACUAUACCGGAAGGAACGUUAUUGUCACAGGUGCGAGUUCCGGGAUCGGUGUAGAGGCGGUCUUCAAGUUUGCAAAACUGGGUGCCGCCAAAGUUAUCAUCGCAGUACGGGAUUUGAAGAGAGGCGAACUGGCAAAGUCUGCUUUGGAGGCUCGCCUAGGAUGUCGUGAUCAGCUGGAAGUCUGGGAAUUAGACAUGAUGUCCUAUGACAGCGUAGAGGCCUUCGCAAACCGCGCAAAUGAGCUUGACCAUCUGGACAUAGCAGUGUUGAAUGCCGGCACUCGACGUGUCAAGUUCAUACAGUCAAAACAUGGAUGGGAGGAAGAUAUACAAGUCAACACACUGUCUACGACCCUAUUGGCCAUUUUGCUUCUACCAAAACUCAAAGAAUCGAAACAACACACUGGUAAAAUUCCAAUUCUUGAAUUUGUCAACUCUGGCCAGCACCAGAACGCCGUUGUCGCGCCCGAAGUUCGUCAAAAGCCCAGCGUACUUGACCAUUACAACAAGAAAGAAAACCACAAGGAGGGAAGCCAGUACAGCUUCUCCAAAGUCUUCCUCAUGUACGCGACAAAGAAGCUUGCCGACGAAAUAUCGUCAGGCGAUGUCAUCAUUACCAGCGUCUGCCCUGGUUGGGUCAAUACCGACCUAGGCCGCGAUCAUUUCUUCCCUGGUGUACACAUAUUGGCUUUCUUCUUCAUCUUUUUGUUCAUGAGAACAUCUGCUGUUGCAGCAAAUAUGGUGUUAAGUGGGACGACACAGGGUGAAGGUUUGCACGGAAGGUUUUGGCAACACGAUAAGAUUCAGCCGAACGGACCGAGCUUGACAGGGCCAGAGAUGAAGGAGCUGAGUGCGAGAAUGUGGGUUGAGAUUUUGGAUGCAUUGGACAAGGAUGUGGCAGGUGUGAACAAGGCAGUCGACGCGGCGCUAUCGAAGCAGCGAAAGUUACCCGCCGCCCACGCUCCCUCGUCCCUCUUCCGCUACCUGUUCCCCAGGAGUCGAGCGCGCGCCCGCCUUCACCUUUCCAAACUCCGCCACGAGACAUUUCCGUCGCUCAAGCAGAACGCCAAGUCGCGCAUAUACAAAUACAUCGUCUAUCGCCAGGCUGUCAAGGCGCGAGGAAAACAGACCAUCUUCCAGCGCCUACGGGACUACACACGGAGGUUGAGUGGCCGCAGCUACCUGGAAGAUGCCGCAAGGUUGCGACGACAACAGAUAGCCAAGCGUCCUGGAAACACAGAAUCGGGCAGUCGAGCAAUGACGUACCAAGAGAGCUACGAGGCGCGGGAGCCUGGCACACGGAGACGCAAGCUGGCGGGCUACCUGAAGGCUGCAAAUGAACUCCGACAGACAUAUACGCAACAGUAUGCGUCCAACUGGAGUACCAAGGAAGCACAAUACGACUAUGAAGACGACACGCCGGGCGGCUUUCCAGAUGCAGCCGUCGUCAGAAGCGGCCGCGAGGAGAUGAUACUCUUUCCUAGCUAUGCUAGGAGGCACAUAAAGAGGAAGCCAGAAGCACAACCAGGCACUAUACAAGAGACUGAGGGUGAAGGACGCGACCAGCAAUGGAACAACUACGAGGACGACAAUGCAGUAGUUGACGUUGAUAUGUCGCGGAAGCAGAGGCUGUUCAUUGGACUUGCACGCCAGCUUGUUGGCGUACAGGCGCCUGCUACGCCCUCCACUUCGUCUGGAGAUAAUAGCCGGGAUACAAGCCCGCAACGGCAUGGCUUUCGCGAACGGGCCCACUUGCGCGACGCUCAGCAGGACGAGGCCAUUGCGGCCAAGGAAGCUGAGGAAAUUCUACGCCGUGGCGAGAGAGAGGCAAGGGCGGCGGCACGCGGUGCUUACAGUGAGAAGCCUGCUAAAGACAUGGACGAUACACAAUUAUAUCGAACAGAGACCGGGAGCAGCACGCGUCCCAACAAUGGCAGGACCCAUCAACUCGCCCAUAGCACAUCCAAAGAUUCGAUGAGAAGGUCAUGGAACCAGCCGUCUGAAAUGAGCCCGUCUGAACUCGCCGAGGCCAACGCCAGGCUGAUGGCUCGCCUGCGACACUUUCUUGCAAUACCAAUGGCCAACACACCCAUCAGUGUCUUCUUCUACAACGAGAAUAUAUCCAAACAGAGGACUGUGUACACCGAUGCUGCAGGACAUUUCACAUCAGACAAGCUCUCGGCAACAGAAGAAGUAAUCGUUACUGCCUCGCAGGGAAUCAGUCACUCCGCUAUUGGUAGCGGCGCCCGCGAGAUCUUUCGUAAUGUUUUCAUCCGCGAUCUUGUCGAUCUCACUAUCGAUGGUGUCAGAGAGUGGUACAACAGAAUGGCGGAGCUGGGGCUGUACCCUGUCAUCUCAAAAUACUUCGACGGCAUGCUUCAGGGAAUAUUCGAGCCCGUGGCUGAGAGAAAGAAGGUUACUUUGGACAAGAUCGCAAGAGAUUUUCCAGAGCGAAAUUUCAUAUUAAUCGGAGAUAGUGGUGAGGCUGAUCUGGAAGUUUAUACCGACUUCGUACUAGAGAACCCAGGGCGAGUCGUUGCCGUCUUCAUUCGCGAUGUCACCACAACAGAUAGUCCAGGCUUCUUCGACCCUUCCACUGGAUUUUCACCAGGUGAUCACUCUUCGUCAUCGACCCAGCGUACCAGUGGAGGGAGCUCGGCUGCUUCUACUAAGGCUCGACCGCCGUCUGAAGAAACCGAUCCUGAACUGAGAGCUGCUAUUGCAGCAUCAUUACGUGACAUGGAUGCGGACAAUAGCAAGCGUUCUAAGUCAACAUUUCCGCAGACCAACAAUGAGCAACAGCCGAAGUUGCCUGCAAGGAAGCCCUCUUCGCAAAGUAUAUCACCGAGAGAUUCUCCGGCCAAUUUAAUAGACCUAUCAUCCGACGAUGAAGCUGACAACGAAAGACACCGUUCGUCAGCCGGAUCGAAUGUGAUCGCAUUACGAAGCCCAUCGAGCGAAUCUACGUCUUUCAAUACCCUGUCCUCCUCCAACCCACGACCACAGCCACCAAAACCUCGAAAGACCUCGACAGCAGUCGGUCAAUCCAGCCCACUAGCACAGCAAGAUCAUGCCACAAAGAGCGCAAACACUUCAGCACCUUUUAGACCUCCGGUGGGCCCCAAGCCGUCCGUAAGCUUCCAGAGCCAAGCAUCACAAGAUCAGCAGUCGUACGCUGGCAUGGCUCGGGAUAAGCUGUGGUCCGUCUACAGUAAUUUGCCUGCGUUGCGAUCAACGGAAGAGCCUGGCUCCAAUGCGUCCAGUCUAGAUGUCACUGGUGUUCGUAAAGGCCCGCCUCCACCUCCACCUCGUCGUGGUAAUCGCGAUACAGCUUCAAGCGCAGCAUCUUACGUGAGCUCCAAAGCAUCGUCAGCAUGGCAACACGCUCCCUCAAUGCCAUAUCACACUCGUCCACAGGUCACGUCUGCGCAAACAUCUCAGCCUUUCUCUACUGCUGUGCCGCGACAAGGUAUCAAUCGCACCAGUACCGGUAGUACGCUGAGUGGUGCUGCAGGCGAGCAGUACGGCACGAAGAAGGAGCAGCUUUGGCGCCAGAGAUGGGCGCACGCGGAACAAGUCCUCGGCGAGCAGGGUGUAAUACUUCGAGGAUGGAGGGUUGGAAGCGACAUUAUGGGUGAGGCAGAGAGUAUAGUCAAAGAUGCAGAGAAGAAAUUCAAGCGAGAUGAGCGACGAAGUGAAGGACUUAUCCAUAUCAAGUUUGACAAUACGCAUUUUGAAAUUAGGCUGACUAUGAAUGUUCCCCUGCACAGGCCGUCUAGCAAGGGAAAACCAACAGAUCCUAAGCUCAGGGAGAAAGUGAAGGAGGAGGUCAAGAACGAGACGAAUAAGGACGGAGGUGGAAAGGGACAAUGGAGCGCAUGGAAGGCUAGCAAGCUAUCUAAAGAGUACGAAAAGAAGGGUGGGGGUUACGAGAACGAAGCUGGAAGCAAGAACGAGCCGAAGAAGGGGGCUCCACAACAGAAGUCUAAAGGCAAGAAGAAGGCCGAAGAAAAGGAAGAGAAACAGGAGGAUAAGAAGGAAGAGACAGAGAAACCAAAGGAGGAGGAGCCGUCGAAAGAAGACGACAAAGACGAGGGAAAGAAGGAGGAUGACGAGGAGAAGGAGAACAAAGAUGGUGAGGAGCAACAGGAAGAAGAAGAGGAGGCUCCUCCAAGUGCGCAGAAGCCCAAGGCCAACACCGGCGCAAAGAAGACGGGUGCCAAAGCUGGUGCUAAGAAAGCAGAGAAAUCUGCCGAACCCAAGAAGUCAGCCGCACCGAAGAAGGAAGCAAAGGAGAGGACAGAGGGAACGAGAAAGUCAACAAGGGUUGCUGGGAAGAGGAAGACGUAUGACGAAGAUGAAGAUGACGGUGAGGAAGAGGAGAAGUCAACCAAGGCCAAAGCGAAGAAGAGCAAGGCUUGA